AUGCCCCAAGGAAACACCCUUCCCAACCAAGCCCCCAGUCUAAGCUACUGGCAACGCACAACCCGCUCCUUCCCCCAUCUCCACGCAAACAACACGAACCCCGUUCCAACCUCGGCAAAGUACGUUGUCAUCGGGUCGGGCAUUGCAGGGGCCCUCACAGCGUUCGAACUACUCGAGGCAGGCGUUAAUGCCAAAGAGGUUGUUAUCCUCGAGGCGAGAGAGGCGGCUGGUGGUGCUAGUUCGCGGAAUGCGGGGCAUGUGAGACCGGAUGCAUUCCGGGGCUUUACGGCGUAUUCCAAAGUCCAUGGCAAAGAACAAGCAUUGAAGAUCAUCGCGAACGAGCGCCUCGUUCUACAAAAAGUAGAUGAAUUCGUGAACAAGCAUAGCGUCGCCUGCGACUUCCACCGCACGAUGACAUUCGACGUCUGCAUGACACCCGAAUUCGCAAAAUACGAAGCUGCGAGCAUCAGUGCAUACAGGGAUGCAGGCGGUGAUGUAUCCCAUAUCAACUACUACACUGGAACAGAAGCGCAGGAGAAGACGAAAGUCCCCGGCGCGGUAGCUGCGUACGAAUGGUCUGCUGGUUCGAGCCAUCCGGCGAAAUUGGCUCAAUUCCUUUUAAACAGUGUGAUAGGAAGAGGCGCGAGGCUGUUCACUUUCUGUCCGGCCAUGGCUAUAACACAGUCAUCAGAUGCUAGGCCUGGGCUAUGGAAUGUCCAUACGCCCCGGAGAACACUGACGACUGAAAAAGUGAUACACUGCACCAACGCGCAUGCAGCGUUUCUACUACCCCUGCUGGACAACUACAUCACGCCGAACCGCGCUCAGGCACAUUCAUUAAUCCCAACGGCUGCAUUUACAGGGACAAAUAUCCUCCAAAACACAUUCUCGCUACGCUACAGUCUGCACCAUUUCUACUCCUUGGUUCAGCGACAAGCAGACGGUACGCUUAUCCUUGGCGUGUCGAGGUCAAAUCCUACGCUUAGCAGGGAGACGAUUGACGGGCAGUUGAGUACGGACGACAGCAAGUACAAUUGGGAGAUUGCGCAGGAUGCACUGCGUAGCUUUGGGGAAAUUUUUCCGAGUUAUGAGCCCGGGGCCUUGAUGCAUGGUGAGGGAUUGGACCAUGCUUGGACGGGCAUUAUUGCGAUGACGGCAGAUUCGGUGCCGUUUGUUGGGGAGGUUGAGGAGCUUCCGGGGCAGUUUGUUUGUGCGGGAUUCAAUGGGCAUGGUAUGGCGCGCAUUUUUACGUGUGCGCCGGGGAUUGUUAAGUUGGUGCUUGGGAAGCAGUGGGAGGAAACGGGUUUACCUGAGUGCUUUCAAAUCAGUACAGAGAGACUGGGUAGACUGUCGUCUCAAGCCGUGCCAUCAGUUUGGUGA